AUGUACGAUCAAUGGUCUUUCAAACUUUUCAAUACAAUUGGACUUCUUCUUCAUCUAUUUUUGAUAGAUAUUCCUAAAGAUCUGAAAAGAUGGUUAACAAUGAAACAAAAGGAUGUCACUGGAAAGGUUGUGGUAGUAACCGGAGGAGCAUCGGGACUGGGCAGAAAAAUGGCACAGAUUCUAGCUAUCGAAAAAAGAGCGAAACUUAUUAUCGUUGAUAUCAAUAUCGAUGGUGCAAAGGAAACGGUCUCCUCAAUAGUAAACGAGGGCGGACAAGCAGAAGCGUUCAAAUGCGAUAUUAGAAAGGAAGCUGAGUUGGAGAAGAUAGCGUCAGAAAUUCAUGAAAAAUAUGGAAAAGUCGACAUUGUCAUAUGUAAUGCUGCCGUUCUAGCAUAUUCUCCAUUUCUAGAGUUGCCAAGUGAGCAACUCCGACAAGCAAUAGAUGUUAACAUUAUUGGAACAAUAAAUACAAUUCGUGCAUUUCUCAAACCCAUGAUUGAAGCAAAUGAAGGACAAGUGGUUGCAGUUUCGUCGAUUGCUGGCUUUUCUGGAGAGACUUUUGGACUUGCAUAUUGUCCCACAAAAUUUGCGGUUCGCGCGGUAAUGGAGUGCCUUCAAAUGGAACUGAGAGAUCGUGGAAUUGAAGGCGUCGUGUGCUCUACACUUUGUCCGUACUUCGCCCGUACACCAAUGGUACUCGAACUGGGUAUGAGGCCUACGAGCACAUGGUUCCCCUUCAUGAGUGUUGAAUCAUGCUCUCGACGAAUGGUGGAUGCUAUAUUAAAGGAAAAAUGCCUCUCAUUUAUGCCAAAUUAUGUCACAUUUGUUCCAAUGAUCAAAAGUUUCCUCUCCUUCAAUACAAAGCGCUCGUUACGAGAAUACAUAGAUAUCAACUAUGACACUAGCAGUAUUAUGAAAUUAACGAAUCGAAGAGCAAACGACCCGAAGCAAGAGUACUUUUCUAUGUGUCAUGUUUUACUGUGGGUUAUCGCGUUGGCUAUACCUAUAGUAUUCCUC